AUGGCCUUGGACCACGCAGGCUCGCCGCAGCCUGCAGUUUCGAAGCGCGACAAGCGGCGCAACAUGCUCGCCGACAAGCUCUCUGAGAUGAUGGCAUCCUUCUCCGACAAUAGGGAUAGCCACUACCGCGCCCAGUUGGCCGCUCUGCAAGCCGAUAUCAACCUCAUCCUCAAAGCCGACCCGUAUACGAACAAGCCACUCGAGGAUGCUGGCGAGGAGGCAUCCGAGCUCAUCACCUCCAUCAUGGGCAACAAUGCGCCGACCGCACCAAGCGCGGGCACCGACUACGUCGCUCAGUGUGGAAAAUACUAUGGGCGCUUCGUAGACAACGUCAAUGAUGCUAUAGAGGACCGCGACCGCGAUCUCACAAUGCUGUUUAACAAACACCAGAACACUAAGAACGAGAUCGAGAAUGCGCACUUCUACAAGGUGCAAAUAGCCGAAGAAGAGCACAAGCUUCUCGCGGCCACCAUCCGCGAACGCCUCAUGGCUACCAUACAGACACGCACCAUGCGUCUGAAGCGCGAGAAGGAGCAAUUAGACCUCUCGGACAGUAACGCCAUGCUGCUGCACCCAAAUCAGUUCAGCAUUGGCAAUCCCGCCAGCCCAGGCGGGCCCCAGGCGCCACGCAAGACACGCAGGACAGGACACAAGUUCGGCGAUGCGGAGGACAUUGCGCAAGAGAACAAGCGCAAGCGAAAGCUCUUCGAAACAGACGACAACGACUCUCCUGGCCCCUCUGGCCGCAACGUCGAGUUUGGCGCCAACUCGCCCUUCCGUGAAGCCAAAGCCCGCACCAUGCACACGCAAUUCGAAGCCUCGGCCUACUCUCUCGAGCGCCUCUUCACCGAGAAAGAGCUCAACAUGGCCAUAAACCAAGCCACAACCGCCGCCUCGAACUUCUUCGCCAAGAUGAAGACAUCCGACACCGAGCAGCCCACAACCAACGGCACAAACGGCACCACCACCAACGGCGACCGCGCCCUCGACAUAGGCGAUGACGCCCCCGAAGAGCAAGACUCUGACGAUAUUCCCGGCGCAGUUGACAUGGGCCGGCAAGUCUCGUCCAACCCGCACGCCACCCGCGGCGCAACUCGCGCGCAUCCCAACUUCAACCUCGCGACCGGCACAAUCCCCACUAUGUACGCCCCGCCCUUCAUCCUCGAUGCGAAGAUCUUCCAGAAACCAAAUGCGUCCGCUCCAGCGCCCCCGCCCCUCGGCGCCGCAGAUGUAGAGCAAGAUCUCAAACUCAUGCUGCGCGACGCCCGGCCGGACGACGAGCUCAACGAGAAGCUGCUUCAGGCAGCUGUGCAUCCUGUGCGCGCGAGAGAAUAUGCGAUACAGCCGCCGGAAUACCGCGAGCCGGCCAACGAGACAACGAGUCUGGUCAGGACGUUGGUGCCGCACCUGGAGGUUGGGAACGGUGCGGUGCUCGGUGGCGUGCCGAUGAGCGCGCAGAGCAGUAUGGGCGGGUAUAGUGACGCUGGUGGUAAUACGCCGAUGGGAAGGUACGGGGAGAGUAGUCUUGCGGCCGCGCUCGGAGGUGUGGGCAUGGCGCGGACGGCCAGUGGAAGUGGGCGAAGGGGCGGAAGGAGAGGCGGAUAG